AAACGAUGUCGUUAUCAGUUGGUUCAUUAUUUGCGUGAUGCAGAAAUGCAGAAAAACAACAAAAUUUUGGUGAGAACCAGUGUGGUCGAUAAUGGGAGAGUAUUGUCAGUGGACUUGAGUGCAAACGAUCCGUGUCUGGGCUCCGCAUUCGUGAUCACUUUGAAAAAGGGGGAGAAAAUUGUGCUGGAGAAACCGAUCACAAGUCGGACGGAGCGUAUCGCGAAUGAUACUUUGGUUUGUGCCUCGUGUGACUUGAUUGUGUCGCUCCCUGACAACAUCCGACUUCCCGUGGAAUCAUCUGACCCGGUGGUUGUUUGGUUUGGACCGACGAUUCUCAACACGACCGGUUCGAAUGCGAGGAUCGAUUUGUACUGGGAAAUUCCAUCUCCGACAUACAAAAGUCAUAAAGUAAUUGCGGUCCCGUCCAAAAGCACCGGAGACAAUAUUUCAUUCGUACCUGGUAAGGGAAAACAUGAGUUGGCCGUCACACAACCGGUGGGUGGUGCAUCAUUUGUGAAUCUCUCUUGUGGGAUGUACGAUGUCAAAUUGAACAAUGGUGUGAAAACUGUUAUCAAGAAGUCUGUGAACGUGCUUUCAAGUAAAACAAAAGUCGUUUUUCUGGCUACCAACGAAAGUGGAAUCCAGUUGGACUUCACGCAGAACCAUCCGUGUCUUCCAUCUCGUUAUCACAUCGAAUUACGCAACGACAGUGGUACGGUUCUCACGGAAGGCUGGUACAAUGGGUCCAGAGUAAACUUGACAAACGAUUUCCUUUGUGACCCAUGUCACCUGAUUGCCUCAGUGCCAGAUGCUGCCCAAGGGAGUGUGGAACCUUCUGAUUCGCUUGCCGUUUGGUUUGGCGAAGGUGAACUGCCAGCCACCAACCUGGUUAUAGCCCCGGAUGUUGGCUUUUCGUCCUCUCACUUUGGUGGAAAAACGUCUCCGUCACGAGAAGGCUUCCUCAGCAAAAAUGGCUAA